AGGAAGAAUAAUACAUUCUAAAGUUACUUUUUCCCUCUCUGUGGACUUAAGGUGAAACUUAGUUUUGUUUCUGUUUGGAUUUACUUCCUAAAAGUCAAUACCAUAAACCCAUAUCAGAUAUAAAGAAUUAGUUAAACCAUGAGUUGUGGAAAUGACUUUGUGGGAAUAUUAAAGAAAAUCGGUUAUCCUAAAGCUGAGAUUCUUAAUGGAGAAGAUUUUGACUGGUUGUUUGAGACUGUUGACGCUAAAUCGUUUUUGAAGUGGUUUUGUGGGAAUGUGAAUGAACAGAAUGUAUUGUCUGAAAAAGAAUUGGAAGCUUUUAGCAUUCUUCAAAAAUCAGGCAAGCCCAUCCUAGAAGGGGUGGCAUUGGAGGAAGUUCUUAAAACCUGUAAAACUUCUGAUUUGAAGACACCCAGACUGGAUGACAAAGAGGUGAUGAAAUUAGAGGAUGAGGUUCAAACUCUGCAGAAAUUAAAGAACUUAAAAAUUCAGCGACGUAACAAAUGCCAAUUGAUGGCUUCAGUAACUAGCCACAGAUCUCUGAGGUUACACGCUAAAGAAGAAGAAGCCACUAAGCAGCUAAAGCAGAGUCAAGGAAUUCUAAAUACAAUGAAUGCUAAGAUAAGUAAUGAACUUCAAGCUCUUACUGAUGUGGUUACAAAGUUGAUGAUGUUCUUCAGACAAUCUGAUUUGGUUCAAGGGACAAAUCCACUGGUGUUUUUGUCUUACUUUUCCUUAGAAAAUUAUCUAAGCCAGGAAGAGCGAAGCACAACAGCAUUAACCUUAUAUACCAAAAAACAGUUCUUUCAGGGUAUACAUGAAGUAGUUGAAAGUUCAAAUGAAGAAAAUUUUCAACUUUUAGAUAUACAAACACCAUCUAUUUGUGAUAAUCAAGAAGUCCUUGAGGAGAGACAACUAGAGAUGGCUAGGCUGCAGCUGGCAUAUAUUUGUGCUCAACAUCAGUUAAUUCAUUUGAAAGCAAGUAAUUUGAGCAUGAAGUCAAGUAUAAAAUGGGCGGAAGAGAAUCUCCAUAGCCUGACCAGCAAGGCUAUUGGUGAAGAAAAUCUGGAUGCUAAAAUUUCUAGCUUGAACAAUGAGAUUAUGAAACUUGAAGAACAAAUCACUCAUAUGAAAGAUAAAAGUUUGCCUGCUGUGGUAAAAGAGAAUGCCCAGUUACUAAAUAUGCCUGUUGUAAAGGGAGAUUUUGAUCUGCAGAUCGCCAAACAAGAUUAUUAUACAACAAGACAAGAGUUUGUUUUAAAUCAAUUGAUAAAGCAAAAGGCAUCCUUUGAACUUCUACAGUUAUCAUAUGAAAUUGAAUUAAGAAAGCAUUGGGACAUACAUCGUCAACUUGAAAAUUUGGUUCAAGAACUUAGCCAAAGUAACAUGAUGCUCUGCCAGCGAUUAGAAAUGUUAACAGAUCCAUCAAUUUCUCAGCAGAUGAAUCAAAGAAACACCAUUGAUUCCAAGGAUUAUUCUACUCAUAGGCUUUAUCAACUUUUAGAAGGAGAGAAUAAGAAAAAAGAAUUGUUUUUAACUCAUGGAAACCUGGAGGAAGUGGCCAAAAAAUUGAAACAGAAUGUUUCUUUAGCACAAGAUCAGUUGGCAGUAUCUGUUCAAGAACAUUUUUUCUUUCUGUCCAAACUGAAUAAUGAUGUGGAUAUGCUUUGUGAUGCAUUAUAUAAAGGAGGAAAUCAGCUUCUGCUUAGUGAUCAGGAGUUAAUGGAGCAGUUUCAUCAAGUUGAAGCUCAAAUGAAUAAGCUAAGUCAUCUCCUUACUGAUAUUCUGGCUGAUGUGAAGACAAAAAGAAAAAUUUUGGCAACUAACAAAUUGCAUCAAAUGGAAAGAGAAUUAUAUGUAUAUUUUUUAAAAGAUGAAGAUCAUCUGAAAGAAAUCAUAGAGAAUUUAGAAACCCAAUCAAAGAUUAGGUCUGCUGGUCUUGAAGAUUAAAAACUGAAUCUUUACUAUACAUGCUAUGUAUUUUCUACAUAGGAAGAUAAUAUAUCUAAUAAACACUACUAAAUUUGCAAAUUU